AUGUCUCAUCCCUUCCGCCUGCUUGCCAGGCGCUACCGACGCCAUCCUUUUCCUUAUAGGCGAUGCUAUUCGGUGCGUGUCCCUGGCGACGGUGGCGGCGAGGGCCAGAGCUUCCGGGACAUCAGGACAGUGGCAGACUUGAAAGAAUGGCAGCCUGAACGCCGUGUCUCGGAUGUGCAAGUCUGCGGCUGGGUCAGGUCGGUUCGCAAGAGCUCCAGUGUGCGGUUCGUUGACAUCACAGACGGGUCGUCCAUGAGGCCAAUGCAGGCUGUGAUUGACAAGAGCUUGGCCGCAGAUAUACGCCCAGGUGCAGCCGUUCGCCUCACGGGCGUCUGGCACAGUAGCGCCUCUAAAUUGCUGUCCAACGUAGAGUCUCAAGGUGACAGCCUUGCUCGUCGUAGUCCAAUUGCAGGCAUCCAAACCCCGGCUGGCCACCAGCCGAGUUCGAACAACCCCGGCCGCAGUUCAGAACAGGCCUCAGCAGCAAGCUUGCCGCCGUCAUCGUCCUCGAUAUCAGUGCAAGAAGGAGGGGCGUCUAGCACCACGGUAACAAGCCGUGGCCAAACCCAGGCCUCAGCUAUGGCUGAAUUACAAGUCAGCCAGGUGGAAAUCCUCGGCUCGUCUGAUCCCCAUACAUAUCCAAUUCAGAACAAGUAUCAAACACCAGAAAGCUUGCGAGCAAUAUCCCAUCUUCGGCCGCGAACUCCUCUCAACUCGACACUGCUUCGGCUAAGGUCAGAUGCCAUGGCCAUCCUAACCCAAUUUUUCUUCAAUGAGCAGUUUCAGCAGACCCACCCCCCGAUCAUCACCUCAUCAGACUGCGAGGGUGCUGGUGAAGCAUUCACCGUCAAGAGCGGCGCGCCUUCCGAGUUCUUCAGAGACCCCAAGUACCUCACUGUCUCAUCACAGCUUCAUCUAGAGGCUCUAGCUCAAGCGCUGGGAAAUGUAUGGACUCUAUCGCCUACCUUCCGAGCCGAGCAAAGUGACACCUCUCGGCACCUGAGUGAGUUUUAUAUGCUUGAAACUGAAAUGAGCUUCGUUCAAGACAUGGAUGAGGUCAUGGACCUCGCCCAAAAAAUGCUGGCGUCGCUUGCUAGCGGGCUCAGCCAGCGCAGUGCCGCGCAGGAACUCGAAAAGCACCGGCUUGAUUCCAGAGACCCUGCGGAACGUUUAGCAUUUGAGGACCUUGUAGAUAUCAAGGAACUACAACAGCGAUGGAGGGGUCUUAUGGCGCCGACUAGAUGGCCACGGGUGACGUACACAGAAGCCAUCAAAAUCCUCGAACCCGUGGCCCAUAUGUUCGAACAUAAGCCCGUCUGGGGAUCAGGCCUUCAGUCAGAACAUGAAAAAUACUUGGCUGAGAAGAUCGGAUAUGAUGCAGCAAGCGACGCGUUGCUACCCAUCUUUGUCACCCAAUACCCACGAGAUAUCAAAGCUUUCUACAUGCUCCAGUCACAGUCUCCCCCGCCUCAGGGGCAGACGGUCGAUUGCUUCGACCUCCUUGUUCCUAAUCUUGGAGAGCUUGCGGGAGGAUCCAUGAGGGAGUAUCGGCUUGCCCAACUUGAGGACAACAUGCGCUUGCAUGGCCUAGAGGUCCCAACACACCGGAAAGCCAGAUCCAACGACAUGGGGUGGUAUCUAGAUCUGAGACGCUGGGGAUGUCCUCCCCAUGGAGGAUUUGGUCUUGGGUUUGACCGCCUGUUAAGCUAUUUGACUGGUGUACCCAACGUCCGUGAUGUAGUGCCAUUUCCACGCCAUUUCGAGCGCUGCGAUUGCUAA